AUUGUUUGUGACCGAGGUCUGCGCUCAACUGUUGUUACGUGGUGCUGAUUGUUAAAAAGAGCCAACUGGUCGGUCAAUUGGACACUUGUAUAUAAACGCCUUAGCACUCUGUUAGUGCCAGAGCUGGUAUCCUUCACCUGAGCAAGUCAUGGGGACGACCGAGUGGCGCUGGCUCAACACAAGUACUGGCCCUGAUGUCCUGUGCCCCUCCAACGCAAGCUGUCAAGUUCUUUUUCUGAAAGAUGCUAAAUCAGCUGAAUUACAAUACGUAUCUUUGUAUCUGCUAUUUAGGCGCCUGACGUACAUUGUAUACCCAUCAAUCAUAUCAUGGCUUCUCGUCCUGCUUUGUUGCAAAUUCUGGAAAUCCUACGUUUGUUUAAAUAAAGACUCCUCCUCUCAAAGACCCUUACCCCCGGGGGACCUAGGCUUGCCAUUCAUUGGAGAAACUUUAUCGUUUUUAUUCCUUGGGAGGAAAUUUUUUGACAGAAGACGCGAGCAAUAUGGCAGUGUGUUCAAAACGCAUAUUCUCGGCAAGCCAACGGUCCGAAUCAUCGGAGCCGAAAACGCCCGAAAGAUCUUGAUGAACGAAAAUUCCCUGGUGGAGUCUCAAUGGCCGAGGAGCAUUCAGAUGUUGUUGGGAGAAGGGAGUCUGACGCUAGCGGCGGGGAAGGUGCACACCAUCAGGAAGAGAGCCAUCUUGAGAGCCUUCACCUACGACGCUUUGAGCGGUUACGCUGUUUUGACGCAAGAAAUCAUCAGAAAAUAUAUCAACAAAUGGUGUUCACAGAGAAACGUAAUGGGCUACAAGGAGUUCCGGAGUCUAGCAUUCGAGCUGUCUUGUCGGGUCCUACUUGGGUUUGAAAUGAACAAAGACGAACACGGUCGUCUGCUGGAUGCGUUUGAAACAUUCAUGUCAAGCCUCUUCAGCAUUCCAAUACGAAUCCCCGGUCUCGGGUUAGAUAAGGGAAUGAAGGCCAGAGAAACCAUGUUGAAAAAGAUCAAAGCAAUCAUAUUACAAAAGCAGAAUGGACGUUCUAGCGCCGGGUCAACGGACGCAUUGAGUCUGAUGAUGGGAAUUGAAGGCAAAGAGAAGUUAGAGAUGGAAGAAGCAAAAGACGUAGCUCUGGAGCUAAUAGGAUCUGUGCUGGAUCUCGGACGAAUCAACAAGUUAAAAUACGUAAGGAAUGUAGUCAAAGAAGCGCUGCGAAUUUCGCCUCCGAUUGGAGGAGGCUACAGAAAGGCACUCCAUACCUUUGAGAUAGAGGGUUAUCAAAUACCGAGAGGGUGGAGUAUUGUGUACAGCAUUCGAGAUUCUCACGAGACCAGUCCUGUCGUUGACAAACCGGAAGUCUUUAAUCCUGAAAGGUGGUCAGGUGUUCAAAUCGAUGACCGAGAGCAUUACUUUCCGUUUGGGGGAGGAAAGAAGGGCUGUGCAGGGAGAGAAUUUGCGAUGCUUAUGUUAAAGGACAGGAAGAGACAUGAAUACCCAGGGAUGACCAGCCUGUCUCUUGGGGGAGGACCGGCCAUUGUAAUGUCCGGAGCAAAGCCAAGUCAAAAGGGGUCAAAGGAUCUCACCUCAUCGUUACGCAUUCGUAACAAAAAAAAAAUCGCCAAAACAGGGUCAGCUUCAAUAAUCCGUAUCGAGGUGACCCCGUUUGGUGAAAGGUUCCACGUGCUAGCACCGGUCAUGACCCUUAUUGGUUACACCUGUCAUGAAGAAAAGUGGGACAGCUCGGGUUUUGGUAACCUUCAUCAGGCACUAAAAUAUGAGGACGAGGCUGCAUUUUGCAUAACUUUUGACUAA